CUGGUGACUGUUUUUAUUGAGUUCAGCAUUUCUACAGCCUUAUUUAAUAGUCAUGGGUCAGAGUUGGUCAGUUCAACCUGGGCUGUCAAAUAGAGUAAGGCGAAAGAGUCUCAAAAAGUGCUUUUGGCAAUUUCGUGUUAUUUUGGUGGGCGAUUCCACGGUGGGCAAAACAUCUAUUGUGCUCCGUUUAACUGAAGGAACAUUUAGAGAAGAUCUCCAGAAAACCAUUGGUGUGGAUUAUUACAUUUAUGUUCUGGAAACCAAACCAACAGUCAGAGUGAAACUACAAGUGUGGGAUACAGCAGGAGAAAAGGAACACAGAACCAUCACAUAUUCAAACCUCCAAAUGAUACUUGGUGGACUGUUGGUGUUUGAUUUAACAAAUCGCCAGUCUCUUGACUACCUUACAAACUGGCUGCAUGAAAGUGGUACUGUGCUUGACCAGUGCAAGUGUAUCUUCAUCCUUGUUGGACACAAGAGUGAUCUAUCAGCUGAGAGGCAAAUCUCUCAAGAGGAGGCUGAACAGAUAGCAGCACAUUUGGGAAUGAGAUACAUCGAGACAUCUGCCAAAGAUGAUACUAACAUACAGGAGGUUUUUCUCACUCUGGCAUCAUCAAUCGCUGAAGCAGUGAAAACUGAGUGACAAGUGAAAGGAGGGAAUCACUGUGGUCAAUGACGAUUUAUUUUUAAACAAACUUUUUUUGCCAAUGGACUUUUGAAAACAGUAUGUCAUUUUUGGUUGGUUGAACUUAUACAGGAAGAUGGGUGAGGAAAAAUUGAUUUUUAAAUCUAAAGUUUUAUAUGCAUUUAGUUGAAACACUAAUGACAGACCAGAUACUUCAAGCUGUGAAAAUCUGUUGAGGUUACAAGUAAUUGUAAAUUGUACAAGUAAUUAUUAAUUAUAAUUUAACUUAUGAACUUGUAGAUGGCAGCA